UAAUGCAUGAAUGAUAUCGUUUGCUAAAGUGCCCACAUCUUCCAGAAAUAUUGCCACGCACAGAACAACUGCGGGCUUGGAACUCCGAAAUAUCGGACUUCAGUGCGUUCAAAACAACUGGGAUCUCCGGAAAAACCCGAACUCGACUUGAACGGUCAUCCGACUUGGAAUUCCAACUCCAGAACUCGGGCCUCAUUCUAGAUCUCCGACUUUCCGACACGAGGAUCACUGAGGUCAUGAUUUCACCGUAUUUGUCCGAGUUCACAGUUGUUUUGAACGUAGCAUACAUUGCGACCCCUCUUCAAAAUGGAUCGAGUUUACAAAUUGUCGUCGUGACGUCAUGUGCAAUCGAUCAGAUCAKUUUUGGUCAAGGCCGGGGGUGGUGCAGUUAAAUAUGUGGCAUUCGCAAUAAUGUAUUCCUUUUAGUUGUAUCUAGGCUAUGUGUGUUAACAUUGAUAAAUCUUUGUGGCUUCGGCUUAAAUGUAUUUAGGCCUAGCUCUACCUGUUUCCUGCUCAAGUCACAUGAUUGACUACACCGACCGUGCAGCAGGACUUCGUGGGAUCUGUCUGGCUAGUCGCUACGAAACGGGCGUGGAACACAAACGGGCCUGUCCUUAAAGCCGUUCGCUUGUCAAUGCCAGGGUAGCAGCCACAUUGAAUGAGGUUUCAGUCUCACAUGGGCAAGAUGRACAGAUCAUAACAAGACAUUACUUCAAAGGUGAGGUGUUUGACGGGGCCCCAGAGCUGCAACUGGACUGCCUCUGCAGUGGUGACGACCGCAGCAGUGCAGAAAUGAAGCAUGAGGGCAACCUCCUCCCCCUGGAACUACCCCACCAUGCAGGGUUUUCCAGCCCCCCCCAGAAAGGGCCUUCCUCACUAGCUGAGAAGAGCAGCCCGCUGCUCAUGGAGCCCAGCAACAUCAAGGCCGACCCCGCCGGCGACAUGCCUGCCAACACAGAGGGUCAGCGGGUGAAGAGGAAGAAGGGUCCAGCACCCAAGAUGCUGGGUAACGAGGUGUGCAGCGUGUGCGGGGACAAGGCCUCAGGCUUCCACUACAACGUGCUGAGCUGCGAGGGCUGCAAGGGCUUCUUCCGCCGCAGCGUCAUCAAGAGCGCCCAGUACUCGUGCAAGAACAACGGCCGCUGUGAGAUGGACAUGUACAUGCGCCGCAAGUGCCAACAGUGCCGGCUGCGCAAGUGCCGUGAAGCGGGCAUGCUGGAGCAAUGCGUUCUCUCAGAGGAGCAGAUCCGAGUGAAGAAAAUGAAGAAGAACGAGGAAGAGACUGCACGCACGUCUGCCGUGGUGACCCCCACCCCGGUGCCGGAGGUGGUCCCGCUGGCGCCCGAGCAGUUGGAGAUGAUCGAGAAGCUGGUGGCCAUGCAGAAGCAGUGCAACAAGCGCUCGUUCAUCGACCGGCCCAAAGUCACGGUGAUUCCGUGGCCCCAGAGUCAGGACCCCCAGAACAGGGAGGCGCGGCAGCAGCGCUUUGCCCACUUCACCGAGCUGGCCAUCAUGUCGGUCCAGGAGAUAGUGGACUUUGCCAAGCAGUUGCCUGGCUUCCUAGAGCUCACCAGAGAGGACCAGAUUGCCCUGCUGAAGACCUCAACCAUUGAGAUCAUGCUGCUGGAAACAUCGCGGAGAUAUAACCCUGCCAUUGAGAGCAUCACGUUCCUGAAGGACUUCAGUUAUAACAAGGAGGAUUUUGCCAAAGCAGGGCUGCAGUUGGAGUUUAUCAACCCCAUCUUUGAGUUCUCCAAGGGCAUGAACGACCUGCACCUGGACGAGGCGGAGUACGCUCUGCUCAUCGCCAUCAACAUCUUCUCUGCAGGUCAGAGGUCAAGUGGUAUGCUAGUGUGGAACAGAGCCCAUAUGCAAGACCGGCCCAAUGUGCAGGACCAUGAACUGGUGGAGCGACUGCAGCAGCCGUACGUGGACGCACUUCGUUCUUACAUCAUGAUAAAGAGACCAAACGAUCACCUGAUGUUUCCACGCAUGCUCAUGAAGCUGGUCAGCCUCCGCACCCUCAGCAGCGUCCACUCUGAGCAGGUCUUCGCCCUACGCCUCCAGGACAAGAAGCUCCCGCCGCUGUUAUCUGAAAUCUGGGACGUCCACGAGUAACUUCGCCGACACCCUUGCGGAACUCUGCCGCGCUCCGCAAACCUGCGUACUGGGAUGGACAGAAAGUCUUUCGAGUGUCGAAAAAAAGACUUGAGAAUGAAUCGAUGCCUCCCAGGAUACCCAAACACGACGGAUCAAACCUACUGAUCGGUUGCCAGAUUGGAGGAACUUUUUUUCUUCUGUAUCUUCUAUGCAGUUUGGGAGGAUAGUGAUGGCCCUCUGUCCUGCAGACUGGGAUACUAAUCUCAUGGGGAGGUUGGGGCAAAGAAAUAGAAUUACCAAUUAUAUUCAUUCUAUUUCUAUGGGUUGAGGAUUGUGUACACCUGAUUUCUCUCCCUCGCCCAUUUCGUUAUUAAAGGUGAGACAGGCUUGUGGUGAGAUUGUGCUGCCAUGGUCAGUGUGGCUCAGACUUGCUAGCCAGUGUUCACCAUUACAUCUACUGAUAUCUGUUGAUAGUCUCGUGAUCGGCCUAUCUAUAACGACAAUUACCAUGAAGGUUUUGGCAAUGCCCCCCCCCCCCCCCCC